ACCCACACAUCGAUAUCCAAACUUUGACAGUUUCAUUCAAACCUCAAUUGGCACAUUUUUUCGGCGGAGACCUACCACAAUGGAUCUAGAAAAGUUUUGCUUUUGCUGUAAAUUACAGAAGGGUGUCUUCAUUUGGGGCAUUUUAUCGAUCGUUUUCUGUUUUAUCGUUUUGAUUGCGAACGUUACAAGUGAUGUUUUUGUGAAAAGAGUAUCUGCCGCUAAUGCAUCGUACCUGUAUUGGGCAAUUGUAGCCAGCUCGAUCAUUUAUUUGAUAGCAUCAGUGUUGUUGUGCAUCGGUGUUUUCAAGGAAAAGCACUACAUCGUCCUGCCCUACGUCAUCGUCAACGGCAUAUAUUUGAUACCAAUUGGAUUUAUUGCUUUAAUUGGUCUUCUGGCAGCGAUUCCGAUAUUUGGUCCUAUCUACGUUUGGUGGUGCAUCUGUACCUACUAUCUUAAAAUACGGGACGAGAGAACGCUUCACUUUCAGCUUGUAAUGUUCGAAGCAAAUUAGCGAUACACGAAAUUUUAUUGU